GCGUCAUUUUUGUUUUAAACUCCGAGAGGAAAACCACGCGCAUUCGGCGCGUGACGCAAACACGUUGAAUAAAUAAUUGGAGAAAUGCAGACGGAGAGGAAGAUUUGCGAAUCGAUUGAAGAAAGCGGAAAUCAAGACCAGAGGAUCUAGGGUUUCCUUCGAUCUCUCUGUGCAUGUAUGUAUCUUUAUCGAUGAUUGAAAGGUUUGAUCUUGAUAGCCUAUUAGUCUAGUUAGGGUUUCGAAUCUGAGAAUAGCGUUCCAUCCCAUCCGAUUAGAACCCAAAAUUGUUUAAUCUGAGACCGUCACAGAUAUAAAUAACUGAGAAUCGAAGCAAGACAAAUCGAUUUCAAUUUUGUGAUCUGUAAAUAUGCGGGGAUUGCGCAAAUCGAAAAGGAUUUCUUGGGCACCGGAUGAUAAUCUAUGUCAGGUUAGAUUAUUUUUAUCAGAAGAAGCUCCUUCACAAGUUGGGUUUGGCACUCAAGAUCACCUCCAAGCAAAGGCAUCAUGGUCAACGCACCCAACUGGAUUUGCUGUUGAAGAUGCUCUGCCACCUGGCUUUGAAAGAGCCCAUCCUGCAAACCAGUUACACAUCAACUUGUCUGAAAUCCCUAUAAUCAAAUGGAGAUUUCCUCCAAGGUUUGAAUUGAACUUCACUUGGCAAGUGGUUGCUGGUGAAGAAAGCAAAGAGGUUGAGGCUCAAAAGCAGAGAGAGAUGAGGAUGCUUGAAGCAUAUUAUCCGCGUCCAUCGGCCAUACCUCCCAACCCCUCUGUUUCGGCAGAUGUUCAAGAGUCGCAUUAUACUGAUGAUCAGCAAACUCCCUCGAUCCCAAUUACUCCUAUUGAAGACGAAGAUGCCCCGGUUGAUGCACCAUCUCAUUCAAUGGCACAAUAUGACAUACCCAUGGGCUCGCAGUCCUCUAUAUUGACUUCCGGAAUUUCGGCUCCCCUCCAAGGUUGUAUCCCUAGCAUGCACAAUGUUAUUGGUGGAGAGAAACCAGGAGCAGGAACAGUCCUUGGUGUUGAACCAGAUGUGUUAUCUGCUGCCAUGAAUGCAAUUUCGAGAAAUGACCAUGAAAAUAUUGAUCAGGACCUACUCGUGAAAAUUCUCAGCAACCCAGAACUGAUCAGGAAAUUGCUUGCAGAUCAUGGAGCAGCCUCCAAUACAUCGAGCACACCCAUCCAAAAUUUGGUGCCAGUACCUUCAUCAGCUCCACCUCCUCCACCUGUAGCUUUGUCAAAUCCAGCUCAUGUCCGCAACAGUAGAAUAGAAACGAAUAUCGUUACGUCAGUUCCAUCGUCAAGUGCCUCAUGGUAUCCGCAGCCAAAUGGAGUUGGACCUAAUCCUAAUGUACGGUUUCCCUCUCCUGCAUUUACCCCAGUUUCAUCUUCACCUUCCAUGGGAGUUCCUUCGGCCAAGGAUGUAAACUAUUAUAAGAAUUUGAUUCAGCAACAUGGAGGGGAAAGACAAGAACUCCCCCACCAGCAAUUUGGGAACCGGUAUAGUCACCAGCCAACGAUAAACCAAGAAUCAGCGAAUGGUUCUAGACCAAGGGAUUCAAAACCGAAGAUAAUGAAGCCUUGUAUUUAUUUUAACAGUCCGAAGGGAUGCUGGCAUGGAGCCAACUGUGCAUACCAGCAUGAUGCAGCAGCUCAGCAGAGAGGCAGUGCCAUGCCGGAGAUGCAGAGUGCCAAGAGAAUGAAAAUGGAUAGGUAGAUCAGCGGCUAA